AACAUCGAUUAUGAAAAGCAUCGAUAUUAGAUCGUUUGGUUAUCAAUGUGACCGUUGACUCGUUUGUGUUAAUGUAUCGAUGCUGCUAUCCAUAUUCCAUCCUAUAUUGUUUUAACUGUGGAAUUAGACGGCUUAAUUAACAGCAAACAAGAUAAAUGGAGGUCGAUGAGGAAGAGUUUGAGGUUCCGUCCAGCAGCAGCAAGGGCGAGAAGAAACGUUUCGAAGUCAAAAAGUGGAAUGCGGUGGCGCUCUGGGCCUGGGAUAUCGUUGUGGAUAACUGCGCUAUUUGCCGGAAUCAUAUAAUGGACCUGUGCAUUGAGUGCCAAGCCAACCAGGCAUCGGCUACUAGCGAGGAGUGCACCGUUGCUUGGGGCGUUUGCAAUCAUGCCUUUCAUUUCCAUUGCAUAUCGCGUUGGCUAAAGACGCGCCAGGUGUGCCCACUAGAUAAUCGUGAAUGGGACUUCCAGAAGUAUGGCCACUAAUGCCAGCAGCGCACAACAAAAAAUAAAAAACAUGCAAAUAUCAUUGUCUUAGCACUCAUUCUGCCGGCGAUACAGCCACACACACAUAAACACAUUAAUCCAUAGCAUAGUAUGUCAUAGGGUAAAAUGCACGACUCUUGAAUAUGAGGGUCGAAACAAAUAAAAACGCGUGUUUUACACCAA